GUCGCUGACAAACAACCGUUUACACAGGCUUUAAAGUUUGCCUCGGAUGUACUGAGCAGUUCUGCAUCUCAAAAUGCAGACAUACCUUUUUUCCCAGCAAUUUAAUGCUGGGUAUUUGGCAGAAAACUCCACGGCCUGUCCAGCAAAUGCUACUAUUUGCAAUGGCACAUCUUGUGUGUUACCGGAAGAUAGUUUUAAUGAAACUUUGAGCGUAGUUUUAAGUGCUGUUCUAACAAUCAUGCUGGCUUUGGUGAUGUUCUCCAUGGGUUGCAAUGUGGAACUUCAGAAAUUCUGGGCCCACAUAAAAAGGCCCUGGGGUAUUUUUGUGGGUUUCCUUUGCCAGUUUGGAAUUAUGCCUCUCACAGCCUUCUUGUUGUCUCUGGCCUUUAACGUGCUUCCUAUUCAAGCUGUCGUAGUGAUGAUCAUGGGAUGCUGUCCAGGGGGCACAGCCUCCAAUGUCAUUGCCUACUGGGUGGAUGGAGACAUGGACCUAAGCAUCAGCAUGACAACUUGCUCCACAGUGUUUGCAAUGGGAAUGAUGCCACUUUGCCUCUUUGUUUACACCAAGAUGUGGACUGAUUCUGAUGCAAUUGUACUACCUUAUGACAGCAUUGGAAUUUCACUGGUAGCUCUUGUUAUUCCUGUUUCAUUUGGAAUGUAUGUUAACCACAAAUGGCCUAGUAAAGCAAAAAUCAUACUUAAGAUCGGUUCCAUUGUGGGAGCAGUCCUCAUUGUGCUCAUUGCUGUGGUUGGGGGAAUACUCUACAAAGGCUCCUGGAUUAUAUCACCCAAGUUAUGGAUCAUUGGCACCAUAUUUCCUGCAGCUGGCUAUUCUCUGGGAUUCCUUCUGGCCCGCAUAGCUGGUCUGGCUUGGCACAGAUGUCGUACAGUGUCUCUGGAAACAGGCAUGCAAAACACUCAGCUGUGUUCAACUAUAGUACAGCUCUCCUUCAGCCCUGAACAACUUGAACUGAUGUUUACUUUCCCACUCAUCUACAGCAUUUUCCAGCUGUUGUUUGCACUACUAAUUUUAGCAGGCUACCGUGUUUACAAAAGACAGCGGGUCAAAACAAAGACAGAUGUUGAGAAAACAGAGGAAAAAGAAGAUUCAAAAUCAGCACCAUCACAAGCUCAAAUAAAUGGAGGAUUUGUAUCAAAUGAGACUAAAUAGACAACUACCUCUGUUCCCACUAGUUGAAAAGAUAUAAGAUAUACGGUUUACUUAAAACUUGUUUUUUCACGUGCCAUUGCUUCAUGAAAAUAUUUAACAAAAGGAGGUUUGCUUAUAUUGUACAGUAAGACUUUGAAAUUACUAACUUAUGAAAGAUUUCUACUUUGAUUUUGAACCCAGUUUUUGCCACAAUUGUAGAAUAUGUUUUUGAAGAUAAUUCCCUAAAUAUAUUUAAUGUUUUAUUACGGCUUAUUUAAAGAAAAGCAUAAUAAAGGUGGGCUAUUGCUAAAAAAAAAAAAAAUGCAGAUAUUUACACUGCCAACUCCAGCUCAUGAUCCUUCAAAUGCAUCUGUUAGUCUCAGCGCCAACACCAAACAAGGAGAAAUCUUGUAAAAGUGCCUGAGCAGCAACAGGAGUUGAUGUGGAAGAUCUGAUAAGACUACAGGACUUUCACUGAGCAUGAAUCAACCAUGAAAUUGGAACAAGCUAAUAAUGAAAUAAGGUUUCAUUUAGGUCAGUCUGGGCACACUAAAGUCAUUGUGCUGUGUUAAUUGCUUGAAGCAUUAAUUUAUUCUAAAGCUAUAAUUUUAACAAGUGCAACGUACCUUAUGACUGUAAUUCUUUUUUUCCCAAAAAUAAUUAGAAAGUAACACCAUCUUCAGUCUGUGCAGGAAACAUCAACAGAGAGACAAAGCUGAGGGCAUAAGCCUAGAGCAAUUUUAGUGUGGCAGAUUCAUAUAAAGGAGCAGGCAGAGAUUUUGGACACCUAAGAAAUUAUCAACUGCUGUAAGAAAGGGCAGAAAUUUGAAAGUAGAACAAAAUUGACCCAAAUUCAUCCAAGACUACUUUCAUGACUGUUAACAUAAGACAACAGUGCUUGUAGAGAUUUAUAUAUUUUUGUUAUUUUAUGAACUCAAUAAAUUUGAUCUGACAUUAGAUACAGACACUGAUGUAGCUGAUAACUUUAGUAUUUUAGUUAUAUGAACCACCAAAAGAAAGAAUUGGAUGUAAACAUUAUUUGUCUCUGAAAAUCCAAGAGAGCAUACGAAGAGCUAUCUUAAGCGUGUGGAGAAAAUGAGUAUAAUUCUAAGAGAAACAGUGUGGUAAUUUUUUUGCAGCUUUAAUUUUUUGUGGAUACAUUCAGUAUCAUUAGCCCCGUAGCUCUUAUGUACAGAAAACGUCCAGAGAAGUUUAGAUGAAAAGAGUGAGAGGUCGUCUGGCCAAAAAAUUUAAGAAUGAGCCAACCAUCAACAAAUGGAAACUAUACACCUCUUUGUCAUAUUCAAGUGGACCUUCCGAGGCAUUACGAGUUAAUGUGGCAGAGUUUUUACCAACACAACUGAAAUCGUGGAAUUUGAGUUCCAGACGCAUAGCUUCCCGCUGCUACAGAAAAGUGUAUUAAGGAAAGAAUAAACUAUUUCUAUCUACCAUAUGUGGGGGAAAGGGUCUCAAAAUGUGCCUGAGCUCUGGGAGGCUUGAAGCUGUUUCGCUUUCAGGGGAAAUUCAGAGUGGCCAUAACUUCCAAGGAGUGGAACACUUAGUAGGAGUUAGCACGUAAUAAGGCACGCUAUGUUUUCUAUAAGGAAGGUUAAAAAGAAAAAGGUAGUGAAGUCUGUUAUGGAGGAAUCAUAAAGGUAAAAAAACACAUUCAUAAAGAAAAGGAUAAGCUGCUAUUUGUAACGUCUGUGGUAAAAGUCUUACCCCGUUUCCAUCAAAAAAUGGGCAGCAGAAGUUAGUUAUGAUCAUGCCUUUCUUACACACCAAGAUGCUACUCUUUCCCUAUGCUAAAUUUCAAUGCUCCCAUGUAUAUUUUAAGAAGUUUUUCAAAACGUAUGGAAGAAUAAUAGUUUGUCUUGCUUGUACUAUGUGUGUGUGUGUGUAUUUAAAACAACUGUAUAAACACUGAACUGAAUAAAGUCAGAAACUAUUUCUAAUUUUGCCCACUGGAGUAAUUUAAGGUGGAAAGAACUGAGACUGAAACAUAACAUGCAGACGAAGUUUAUGGCUUUGAGAUGUAACAAAAACACCUCAGAUCAUAUGUGAAAUUAAUAUGUUUAAUAAUGAUGUAGAUUAAAUGAACAUGGGAUGUCUGAUGACAUAUUUUAUAUACAUUUUUUAAUGUAUAUGUGCACUUAGGGCCCCAGCUGAAGGUUGGAGGCGGCAGUUUCUGCAGCCAUUACGAUUACACCUAGUAAGGGUCUUAUGUCCCAAGCUUUAUGUGAAGCAAAGCCAGAUCGAAGUCUUAACCAACAUAUGUCUCUAGAGCGCAUCAAACCUAAAACAAAAACCCAGGGCUUGUUAAUAUUGCCAGAAGCAGGGUUAUGUUGAUGUGACAGCUGCUAAAUCUUGAGCUGCAGGAGUCUCAACAACUUCAA